AUUUCAUAUGAUGCCAAAACAAGCCGACAUCUUUUCUCAUCUUCAAGAUAAAGACCAAAAAUCUGAUAUCUCCAAGAUCACCCCUGCAAAAUCAUGAAUCCCAUGGCAAAGGCAUCAGUCCUCGUUGCAGCAGGCUCUAUCUGCCUGUCACUGAUCAUAGCCCUGACCAAAAUCCUGCACAAAUACUGGUGGACGCCGCUCCGUAUACAGCGCUUGAUGAGCUCACAAGGGAUCACCGGACCGCCUUACAAGUUCAUCCAUGGCAACAACAAAGAGAACAUCAGAUUGAGACAAGAAGCCCUGAGAAACCCCAUGCCUGCUUUCUCACAUGACAUAUUUCCCAGAGUCCAACCUCAUAUUCAUUCGAGGAUCAGCUCAUAUGGGAAGAAUCAUCUAGGUUGGAUAGGUGUUAGACCUCUGUUGUUUAUUACAGAACCUGAACUUGCCAAAGAGUUACUGAAAAGUACUGAAGGUGUUUUCCCGAAGAGGACUAGUAGAAAAAGGAAGGAGGAAGAUGAUUUCGCCAUUAAGAUAGUUGGAGAUGGCCUUGUGACAUCGGAAGGUGAAAAAUGGGCAAAGCAUAGGAAAUUGGCUAACCAGGCUUUUCAUGGGGAGACCCUGAAAGGUAUGAGUCCGGCGGUGAUUGCCAGCGUGGAGACGAUGCUGGAAAGGUGGAAACAGUUCCAAGGCAAAGAAAUCGAAUUGUUCGAACAGUUCAGGUUGCUCACUUCAGAAGUGAUCUCCAGAACAGCUUUCGGUAGCAGUUAUUUGGAUGGGGAAAAGAUUUUCGACAUGUUGACAAAGCUGUCUGUCAUAACAAACAGAAACUUCUUCAGGUCUAGAUUUCCUGUCAUCAGCAAGUUCUGGAAAACUGCUGAUGAGAUUGAAGCAGACAAGAUCGUAAAAGAAAUACACAAAUGUGUGAUGGAGAUAGUGAAGAAAAGAGAACAAAAAUUGGCUAAUGAUGGGGACAAUAACUUCGGCACUGAUUUUCUGGGAUUGCUGUUAAAUGCUUUCCAUGAUACAGACAAGAACAACAAGCUUUCGGAACAAGAUUUGGUCGAUGAAUGCAAGACAUUCUACUUUGCUGGACAAGAAACAACGAAUUCUUCACUCGCAUGGACCGUCUUCCUUCUUGCAACACAUCCGGAUUGGCAGGACAAAGCAAGACAAGAGGUGAUCGAGGUCUUCCGUGAACGAAAUCCGAACCCGGAAGGCAUCGGCAAACUAAAGAUUAUGACCAUGAUCAUUAAUGAAACACUAAGAUUAUACCCUCCUGUGACUAGCGUGGCGAGGCAAGUUGAAGCUGAAGCCAAAUUAGGCAACCUGAUCCUGCCACCUGAUUUGGUUCUGUUUGUCUCAAAUCUUGCACUUCACCAUGACCCAGACUUGUGGGGUGAUGACGUGAAUGUCUUCAAACCCGAGAGAUUCGCCGGAGGGAUCGCCAAUGCCACGAAACGUAAUUCCGGUGCGUUUCUUCCGUUUGGGUUGGGACCUCGAUCUUGCGUGGGGAUGAGCUUCGCCAUGACGGAGAUGAAGACGGCACUUUCGAUGAUACUACGACGCUACGCGGUCUCGCUUUCUCCAUCCUACAGCCACUCGCCAUUUACUCAGCUCCUGCUUCAACCACAACAUGGGAUUCAGGUAACGCUUCAUGGCCUAGACGUGUAAACCAAUAAGAUUACGAGAAUGUAACAUAUUAUCACCGUUUUUCAUCAUUAAUGCAAGCUUACUACAGUUCCUAGUAAUGGAGUUUGUCGAUUUGGUAUUGAAUUUUACUAUUUAUUAACAUUAUAUCGAGUUGAAUUGGGCUUUGGUUAAA